AUGAUUGCCGAAAACACCCGUGUUCUUAUGUUCGGGGGAAUGCUGGAGUAUGGAAAAUACUCGAACGAGUUGUACGAGCUCCAAGCUUCUAAAUGGGAAUGGAAACGCCUCAAACCCAAGCCACCACGUAAUGGACCUUCACCCUGUGCCAGAAUAGCCAUGUGCUGGGAUAUCCCCAUCACCUACGGCCAGCCACCUUCUCCACGGGAGUCACAUACUGCUGUCGCCUACCAAGUUAUGGAUGGAUUAAUCAAAAAGUGGCGACUGCUUGUUUACGGUGGCAUGACGGGUUGCCGUCUGGGCGACUUAUGGCAACUUGAAAUUGACACUAUGACGUGGAUAAAGCCGACAAUUUCAGGUGAUCCGCCAGCUCCUCGAAGUUUGCACAGUGCGACUGUAAUUGGAAACCGUAUCGUAUUUCAGGUGUGCUUUAAAGACCUCUGGCUUCUUGAAACAGACCGUCCACCCGCACCGAAUCGCGUGCAACUUGUACGAGCAGGUACCCAGAGUCUCGAAGUAGCCUGGGGUUCUGUACCGACAGCCGACGCUUACAUUUUGCAAAUUCAAAAAUACGAUGUUUCCGCAAGUUCUGCCCCAUCUGUGCCGGCAUCUGCACGUCUAGGAUCUCCACUGCUUGGUGUCAGUGACUCGUUACCUGCAGUAAAACCAACCACUACAGGUGGCACGCUUCUGCAAGGGACUCAGCAGCAGGUCAGUUCCCCGAAUAAGUCAAAAUUGUCUUUACAUUUUUUCUUAAUUUAUUGUUUCAAGCAAAACCCGAUCGUUGACUGCGUUAGUAAAUUACGAGUUGCGACGAUCGGAGCACGAAUUCCAACCUGUUUACGACUAUUCUAUCAGUCAGCUAGCAUUGAUCGCUUUUGA